AAAGAGUCGAAUAUGGCUCCGACAAAUCACUUUGCCUUUUUGGCGCUGUCAUUCCUUCUUUCAGGUAGAUUUGCAGCUGCUGACUGUAACAUCUCGGGCAACUACACCAUUAUCGAUUCACCAGACGGCCAGGACGGAAUCUCAUCCUGCAAAGACGUCGACGGGUCAUUAUCACUUCUUUUCGACAAGAGCCCUACAUCAUGGCCUACCGACAAGGCCACCGUCGACCUCGGAACUGUUAGCUCUCUUACUGGCAGCCUGGAUAUUUACCCCCACCACCACUCCAAGAAGACAACCGUUACAGCUUCCAGUCUAAAGUCUAUCGACGGCGAAUUCACGAUAUGGAACACCGGAACCGGAAAAGACAGUACCGUAGAGGAGCUUGACUUGCUCUUCGAUGCCCUGGAGCAAGUUGGCAAGGGCUAUGUCAUCACCAGCGCCUUUGCUAAGCUUUCCAUCCAACACAAGAAGGAUGUCGAGGUGGGCGGUAUGAUGAGAGUCACCGAGACCGAAGUCGAAGAACUCGUGCUCAACGGUAUUCAUACUGUCAACGACGACUUUAUGAUUGACGCCAACAGCGACAUGAAGGAAUUGGAUGUCCCAGCUCUCACCUACGCAAACAAGGGCUUCAGCGUCAAGGGCAACAACGCUCUCACGAAAGCCUCGUUCCCCAAGCUCAAAGAAGUCAAGGGAAACCUAGAGUUUAACCAGAACGGCGCUCUGACCAAAAUUCGUCUCGCUGCUCUCGAAAAUGCCGCUACCAUGUCCAUCACCGCCAACGGCAAGGAAGCUCACCUGCUACUCCCCUAUCUCUCAUCCAUCGGAAACAGCACUACCUCUGCGACUUCAAACUUCAAGGGUAUCGACAAGAUCGAGUUUUCGUCUCUUCGAGAGGUCAAGGGUGCCUUGACUUUUUCCUCAAACUACUUCGACGAUCUGAUGAUUCCGCUCUUGAAGGAGAUGGAUGGCGGUAUCACUGUUGAGGAUAACCCAUAUGUUCAGACUUUUGCUCUACCCAGAGUCACUUAUGUCGAUGAGUUGACUAUCGACGGCAACGACAAACUCACCAAUAUCACAGCCAACGCUCUCAAGUCUGCUGGUACCAUCUCGAUCAAGGGAUCCAUGACCAACGUUGAAUUCUUCAACCUGGAAAAGGUCACUGGAGAUUUUAAGGUUGUGGGCGACAAGUCUAUGGACUGCAGCUGGUUUGACGCAAAUGUUAAGAAGAUUGUCAAGGGCAAGUAUACUUGCGUUGGAGAUCACGAGGAGAAGGAGAGGAAGUCGAGCACCGGUGGUAUCGAGGACACUGAAGGCAAUCCAAAAGACUACAUGUCAGCUGAAGAUGAAGAUGACAGUGAUGGAAGCGGCAGCAGCAGUGGUGGAAGUGGAAAUGGUGGCAGCUCAGGCACUGGCGGCUCUAACGACGACAAGGCAGGCUCCGGAGGAAUGUCAACUGGUGCCAAAGCCGGUCUCGGAAUCGGCAUUGCUAUUCUCGUCGUCCUCAUCAUUGUCGGAGCAGUAAUGUUCUGGCUCUGGCGACGUCGUCGUGCCGUGUCCCAACCCAAAGACAACCCCAACUUCGACAAGCAGCCAGACCUGACGGGUCUCGACCCACCCCGUCUCGGUAGCAGCGGUGGCACAUCAACAUUCUCCAGCAUCUUCGAUGGGCGGCAAAAGAUGGGUGUCCACACCAGGAUUGUGGCCACGAACCCUUUGCCCAGUCCGUCUCCUAGCCUGGGCACUUUGAAUUUUGGUCGCACUUCGCUGAUCGAGAGCUCCGGCACGUUUACGGAGAAGAGCCUCGCCGCGUGGAAGACGAUUCGCAGAGUGAGUGAUUCUUCUGGUGCCUCUAGUCCUUUUGGAAAGGAGGGAACUGUUCCGGCCAAGGGAGUAUAA